AUGGCACCCGCUGUCGCUCGCGGCGCCAGUAGCGCGCACGCGAACCCGUCUGGACACGGCAAUGGCAGUGCUCGCACGACACCCCUGUACAAACCCGCGGCCGUUCGGCCGUCCACCUCAUUGUCGGGUGUUUCCACAUCCGCAGCUGGACCAUCUAUGCUGGCCUCUAUAGACACCUCCAGCACUCUCCCUUCCGACGCUCGUUCACAGUCCCAGCUCAGAGAUUCUCCCAUGACGCACUUUCAGCAGAGGUCCGACUCUUUGCCAGGAGGAGGAGGAGGAGGAGGAGGAGGUAAACCAGAUGCUCUUUCAGGCAUCGCUGA